GGCGCGGCUGAGGCCUCGCCGUGCAGGGGGCGGUCCCUGUCGCCGUCAUGUCGGUGCCCGGUGGCGGCUCGGCGCCGGUGUCAGUGUGGCCGGGCCUGCUGGUGGGCGGCGCAGAGUCGUGCCAGUCGGCGGAGGCGCUGCGGGCGGUGGGGGUGUCGGCGGUGCUGACGGUGGGCGCGGAGGCGGAGGCGGCGGCGGCUGUGCCGGGGCUGCGGUGUCUACACGUGCAGGCGCGGGACGAGCCCCGAGCGGACCUGCUGAGCCGCCUGGACGAGUGCGCGGCCUUCAUCAGCGCCGCCCGCGGGGUAGGGGGCGCCGUCCUGGUGCGAUGCCAUGCCGGGGUGAGCCGCAGUGUGGCCGUGGUGACUGCCUACCUGAUGAAGACAGAAGGGUUGAGCUGGGAGGAGGCAUACGCCGCCGUCAGGGCCGCCAAACCAGAUUCAGAGGUGAACCCUGGCUUCCAGGCGCAGCUGAAGCUGUAUGAGGCCAUGGGCUGCACCGUGGACAUGAGCAGCCCCCUCUACAAACGGUACCGGCUGGAGCUGCUGACCGAGCACUACUCCGAACUUCAAGACUUGCCCCGAGAAGUCUUUGCUGCUGAUCCAACCAGUACGUGUCAAACUCCAGACACAGAGGUUCUCUACAGGUGCAGGAAAUGCAGGCGUGCUCUGUUCCGUAGCUCCAGCAUUUUGUCCCACAUGGAAGGAAGUGGCCCUGCUGCCUUUGCCCACAAGAGGAUAACGGGCUCUGCUCAGCUGCGUGGAGGUGGCCGUGAGAUGUGUACCUCUUACUUCACCGAGCCCGUGCAGUGGAUGGAGCCAGCGUUGCUUGGAGUGCUGGAAGGACAGCUUCUGUGUCCCAAAUGCACAUCGAAGCUGGGCUCCUUCAGCUGGCGGGGCGAGCAGUGUUCCUGCGGCCGCUGGGUGACGCCUGCCUUCCAGAUCCACAAAAGUCGAGUGGAUGAAGUGAGGACGCUUCCCGUUGGUAACAUCCAAGCUGCAAAAACCUGAACUUACUGCUUCAUUCCAUGGAUUUCUUGAUGUCCACAGAGGACUGACUCGUCUGUGGUUGCCAGGAGUAAGCUUGCGACUUCCACCCUGGUGUAAUGUGGUGGUGUUACUUGAAUGUCUUUUGGUUCUAUUGCUGUUUGCUGUAUCUCCAAUAUAUAUAGAACAGCCAAAUACUUCCUGCAAAGACGUGUUAUCUAGUGCUCAAAUAUGUACAGAAAUGCCUGAAUGUAAUGUUUUUAGUAUAUUCUCACUUCAUCUAUUGCACAUUCCAGAGGGUCUCAACUCCGUAUGUAGAAAGAAUGCUAACAUGUUAGUCUCAGGCAGGGGCCAAUGGUGCUGCUUGUCUUCCACUCCAGAAAUUCCCAAAACAUGCAGCCGAGAUCCCGUGAGGAUUCCAUAGCAUGAGCUACACGGCAGGGAAAUAUUUUAAGGCUCAGCAAAGUGCCAUAAAACAGUAUGGGUACAAGCAUGGUGUUGGCACGCAAGGCAGCUGUGAGCAGGGAGAGGCAGGUUCACACACCUGCGAUGCCAUACACCUAGUCCUAAAAUCUCUGCCCCAAGGACAGUUCCUGCGCCGUAACUCUUCCUUCCAUGUGGUAUCCAAG